AUGACGGCAACUGAACAAAUGGCAGCUGUUCUUAAUGAACUUAUGGGAACUCGUAGGAAUGCUGAUAUUGGUACAAAUAUUAGUGCUCGUUUUGAUGAUCCCGAGAUUUGUAAGUAUUUCUUAGUAGAUUAUUGUCCACAUGAUUUAUUUAUAAACACUAAAUCUGAUCUUGGACCAUGUAGUUAUAUUCAUGAUGAAUCUCUCCGUGAACAAUACAGAAGAAGUUCUAGAUAUUGUAAGCUUGGAUAUGAACGUUCAUUGUAUAAUACAUUAAGUAGACUUAAGGAGGAUAUGGCUAAGAAAAUUGCUAAAAACAAGGAGCGUUUAGCUAUUACUCAAUCUAAGGAUGAAACUAAAAAAUAUGAACAACGUAGUGAUAUUGAAAGAAAAAUUAAUAAGAUAAAAAUUGAGAUAGAGGAAAAUCAAAAACAAGCUGAAAGUUAUGGACUUCAAGGAGAGAUAGAGAAAGCUGCUGAAAUUACAACAAUAGUUGAAAGGUUAGUUGAAGAAAAGAAAACUUUAGAAAAACGUAUAGAAGCUAUGUUGGCUCCUACUGAUGAGAUGGGAAAUAAACAAAAACAAAUGGAGGUAUGUGAGAUAUGCAGUUGCUUUUUAGUUGUAGGUGAUGCUGAAACUAGAAUGGAAGAGCAUUUUCAAGGUAAACAGCAUAUGGGAUAUGCAAAAAUAAAUGAGACAUUAGAUGAGUUAAAGAAAAAGUAUGGUGAUAUACUGUAUAGUGAUCGAAAUGAUAGAAGAGAAAGAAGAGAUCGUGAUUACGAUAGAAGAAGAACUGAUAAAAAAGAUUAUGACAGGCGUAACAGAGAUUAUACCAAAGAUUAUUACAAAAGACACGACAGAGGACAUGGUAGAGAGCGUGGAGAUUAUGACUACAGAAGAGACGAUCGUUAUUCCAGAAAACGUAGUCGUUCAAGAAGCAACUCACGUAAUUAA